AUGCAGCGGCUUCCGAUCCGCGCGACGGAGAUCUUGGCGCGCUGUGCUGCGACGAAGGUAAAGGCGGGGAUGAGCGAGGUUGAGUUGGACGUGUUUUGGAAAAGGGAGGAAAGCGAGCGAUGGGAUGGGGGAAACGCGACGCUCAUCCGGAACGCGACCAUCUGGACAGGUGCGCAAGCUGGCGCGGAAGUCCUCUACGGCGACCUGCUCCUUUUGAAGGGGGUCGUCAAAGGUGUCGGGCACAUCCCCCGCUCCAAGCUCACGCAGUUCAACCUACCUCCGGCCCUCGCAGCACAAUAUGCCCUCGAACAAGCCUACUCUAAGUUCAAGGAGAACCUUACGAUUGUCGAUGCCAGAGGACGAUGGCUCACACCUGGUCUCGUCGACCUGCACUCACAUAUCGGCCUGUCGUCCGCCCCUAGCCUCGCCGGCGCCGAGGACGUCAACUCACCCAACGGACCAGUGCUACCCUUCCUGAGGUCGAUUGACGCGCUCAACACGCACGACGAUUCGCGUGUGCUUGCGCUCGUGGGCGGCGUGACCUCCGCGCUCGUCCUCCCUGGCUCAGGCAACGCCAUCGCCGGCCAGGCCGUCGUUGUUAAGUGGCGCAAGCGCCGUGGAUUCGGCCCCGGCGCGAUGGUCGUUGAGCCGUCGCCCGAGCUGCACAUCUCCGGCUCGGCUGCGGAGUACUACACGAACAGCACACCGUGGAGGUACCUCAAGCAGGCGUGCGGCGAGAUUUUGCGUCAGUAUGGCACGCGGAUGGACUCGGCUUGGUCGUAUCGAGCGGCGUACGAAGAGGCUCGCAAGAUAAAGCGAGCCCAGGACGAAUACUGUGCCACCGCUGAGGCGGGGCUGUGGAGUGCGAUUGAGGGCAAGGAGUUCCCGGAGAAUCUGCAGUGGGAAAUGCUCGUCGACGUGCUGCGCGGGCGGGUGAAGGUGAACAACCACUGUUACGAAGCUGUCGACCUCGACGAUCUCGUCCGGUUGACGAAUGAAUUCAAAUUCCCGCUCGCGGCGAUCCACCACGCGUCCGAGGCAUGGCUCGUCCCCGACCUGCUCAAGCAGACGUAUGGGGGCCCAUCCGCGGUAGCGAUGUUUGCUACCACCCAUCGGUACAAGCGCGAGAGCUUUCGCGGUUCGGAGUUCGCGCCCCGCGUGCUGGCCGACCACGGGAUCGCCGUCGUUAUGAAGUCCGACCAUCCGAUCGUCAACUGCCGCUACCUUGUGCACGAGGCGCAGCAGGCGCACCACUUCGGCCUCGCGCCGGAUCUCGCGCUCGCGAGCGUUACCUCUACGUCCGCCGCCGCCGCCGGCCUCUCGCACCGUCUCGGUGUGCUUCGCGAGGGUGCCGAUGCGGAUGCAGUCCUAUGGGACGCCCACCCGCUGCAGAUUGGCGCUGUACCUCUGGGGGUGUCCCACUUCUAUGUUCCAGGCUUUAAAGAGAAGUAG